UGGUCGUCGGUUAAACCGACGACAGACGGACGGACGUAAUGAAGUAGAAUUCAAAGUUCUGCUGGCUGCUUAGAUUAGUCAUUCGUUUCGCGUUCUUCUCCGUCGUCGUUCGUCUGUCGUUCUUUGGUCCGUCUUAACUCUAAUUUAUAUUUAACAACGUUCGCCAUGGUGAAGAAGUUACUGGAACUCACUUCUGUGCUUGCCAAGUCCACAUUGGCUUCCAACCGCCAUUAUGCGACUUCAGCAAGAAUUGUUGCUAAAAAUCCAGUUGUUGAAAUGGAUGGAGAUGAAAUGACUAGAAUUAUAUGGGAAAAAAUAAAAGAAACCUUAAUAUUUCCUUAUAUCAAACUUGAUUGCUUAUAUUAUGAUCUUGGUCUGCCUCAUAGAGACGCAACUGAUGAUCAAGUAACUAUUGAUGCCGCUGAAGCUACUUUGAAAUAUAAUGUAGGCAUUAAAUGUGCAACAAUAACACCAGAUGAAGCUCGUGUUAAAGAAUUUAAAUUGAAAAAAAUGUGGCUUAGUCCUAAUGGUACAAUACGUAAUAUUCUUGGUGGAACAGUGUUCAGAGAACCAAUCAUAUGCAAAAAUAUUCCUAGAUUAGUACCUGGUUGGACUAAACCUAUUGUUAUUGGCAGACAUGCUCACGGUGAUCAAUACAAAGCAACUGAUUGCUUAAUAAACAGGCCUGGCCAAUUGGAGUUGGUUUUUACUGAUCUUAAAGGUCAAGUGGAGAAGCUUAAAGUGUUUGAUUUCAAAUCAUCUGGUAUUGCAUUGGCCAUGUAUAACUUAGAUGACUCAAUUGCUUCAUUUGCUCAUUCCAGUUUUCAGGUUGCUUUGUCAAAAAAAUGGCCUCUUUAUUUGUCCACAAAAAAUACUAUACUUAAGAAGUAUGAUGGAAGAUUUAAAGAUAUAUUUCAAGAAAUAUAUGAAGCAAACUAUAAAUCUCAAUUUGAAGCUGCUAAUAUUUGGUAUGAACAUCGUUUGAUUGAUGACAUGGUAGCGCAGGCUUUAAAAGGAGAUGGUGGUUUUGUUUGGUCUUGUAAAAAUUAUGAUGGUGACGUCCAGUCUGAUAUUAUUGCUCAAGGAUAUGGUUCUUUGGGUCUUAUGACAUCAGUUCUUGUAUGUCCUGAUGGUAAGACAAUAGAAUCAGAAGCUGCCCAUGGAACAGUUACUAGACAUUACAGACAACACCAAGAAGGAAAACAGACAUCAACAAAUCCAAUUGCUUCAAUAUAUGCUUGGACUCGAGGUCUUAAUCACAGGGCAAAGCUUGAUAAUACUCCUGAACUUGUCAAAUUUUGUAAUACACUUGAAGAAGCAUGUAUAGAAAGUGUUAAUGCUGGAAAUAUGACUAAAGAUCUUGCUGCCUGUAUUCAUGGCUUAAAAAAUGUGAAAGAAGGAAUGUACUUGAACACAAACGAUUAUUUAGAUAGCGUAAAAGAGCAUUUGGACAAAAAAUUGAAACAGGAUACAAAAAGACUGUUUGCAACAAUUGGUGCAGUUUGACAAGUCUUUGACCCUUAGCUGCAAUUACAGUUGUUCCAUUUUAUAUUUAUUAAUUUUUUAUAAUAUGUGUAUGUUUGAAUAAGAUAACAAUUGUGUUUUUUUAAUAACAGCACGUACUAUUAUAAUUGUUAAAUUCACUAAUUUUGUGGCUUAAUUUGACAUUAUAAUCAAUAUAAUUUUGCAUUUUUUUCAUAGACGUAAAUAUUAUGAUUUCCUGUAAUUAUUUCUUUGUACAAUUUAGUAGAUGUUAACAAGUUAUAACUGAGAAAUUUGGAUAAUAUCUGAUAUUUUAUUUUAAUUCCAUUAUAAUUAAUGUGAUAGGUUUACAUUCUAUAAUUAUAAUUUUGUAUUACUUAUAUUUUCUAUUAUAUAUUUGAAUAAAAUGUUUCAUUAGGUAAUCAUAAUCCAUAAAAGUCAAAAUAUAUUAUUUGACUAAGCUCAUGCCUAAGCUGCACUUAGAAUAUCAUACAUCCAACUAUGCAAUACCAUAGUUUUAUUUCUUGGAUACUUUCUAAAAAAUGAAUGCUUAAUUAUGAUGUUGAUAUGUAUUUUUAAUAUUAGUCAUUGUUAUUCAUAAAUUUGUUGCUAUUUUAUAACAUUAUGUUCUCAAAAGUCUUUGAUACGGGUUAUUUUAGUUUUUUUUUAAAAAAAAAACUAGUUGUGUUCAUUUAUUCUUAUGCUCAAAUUUAAUAAAUAGUACUAUUGUAAAUGAUAAAUGGUAUUGUGCUAGAUUACACUAUACUUAUUUUUUGUA